AUGGAUCGAUCGUCGAAAAUAAUGCUACGGAAGAUCAUCAUAGACUUCGUCUGCCUAUUCGUUGUGGGCAUGGCGGUCCUGUUGUUCCACCUGUUUGGCAAUCCGUACAAGCGUGGAUUCUUCUGCAACGACGAGUCAUUAUAUCACCCGUUCCACCCGUCGACGGUGACCAGUGCAAUGCUGUACGUCGUUGGCCUUUUUCUACCUAUAUGCACGAUGAUAUUGUGCGAAUUUCUACACGCAAGGAACUGCACUGGGGAGUCCUCAAAACUAUUGUUUGGAUACAAUAUUCUCCCUUGGAUAUGGAAUGCAUACAAAAAGAUCGGAAUAUUCGGUUUCGGUGCAGCCACGACAGUCUUUAUCACAGAUGUCGGAAAAUAUACGAUUGGCCGUCUGAGACCCCACUUUAUGACCCUCUGCGUGCCUAAUAUUAAUUGUAGCCUAAUCCAAAAUCAUCAUCGAUAUAUUGAAGGCUAUACCUGUUCGGCAAGUCUCUCUGCGAAUCUUUUGAAGGAGAUCAGAUUAUCAUUCCCCUCUGGACACUCGUCCUUUUCUGCCUACACGAUGGUCUACCUUGCGCUGUACCUCCAGGUGAGAAUGACAUGGAAGGGUAGCAAAUUACUGAAACACUUCCUCCAGUUGGUGUGCCUCUUUAUGGCCUGGUAUACGGCUCUAUCGCGUGUUUCCGAUUACAAACAUCACUGGAGCGACGUGCUGGCCGGUUCGACCCUUGGUAUCGUCGUGGCGCUAGUCAUGGCGAUCUACGUGGCGAACCUGUUCAAGGAUCGUAGACAUUGCCCGACCGACGAGAAGCACCGCGCGGCCGACUACGAGACCGGGGCUGGUACACAGGACGAAGUAACAUCACUGCGAAUGACGACAAGAUCAUACGAUGGAAUUUAAAAAAGUUUGGAGAACGCA